AUUAUAUUUAGCUUAAUAUAAAAUUACGAGUGAUGACGAUUAGUGACGAGCCUUUAAAAAAGAACUAAGUGCCGGUGAUACUGACGAGUAUGUAGUUUAAUCUAAAAAAUAAAAACCUUUAAGCCUUUUAAGAGUAAUCGAGUAGAGUAUACGAAUUAUGUAAUACAUACAUACAUGUGGACAUGUCUACUAUAUAGACAUGUAGUAUUGUAGUCGAUUUACUGGGUCUGCCACCGCGACAAUUAAGAUGAUCUUAUUUGUAUCAUAUUUAUAGUCGACCAUUUUAACAAUAUGUUUAAUAUUCAACACCGAUAUUGAGUGAUUCAAGCUAUGGAUAGAGUCGUUUUUGGAUCAAUAACCCCCAUGAAGAUCAUGAACAGAACAAAGCCUAUUGUGUACAUUUCUGGGCCAUCGUGAAGUGUUACAUUAUAUUAAUAUAUUUUAUUGUUAAAAUAAGAUUCUAAUCUGUAAUCAUGAGGUGUUUAGCUCUGAAGUUAUUCCAAACCAAUGGGGUAAUGUACAAAUAUUAUUCGGUGAUCUUUAUAUUUUUGUUUGGAGCACUAUCUAGCAUAUUUCUUAAUAAAUACUGGAACUACACACCGUACGUUUACGAUCAAACCAGACAUCUGAUUGUACGUCGCCCGUUUUCAAUUAUUGAUUAUGAUGAUCAUGAAUAUGUUGAUUCCAAUCAAAAUGCUCAUGAACUAAUCAUCAGAGAAACAGAUGUGGAUGUUGUGUCUGAUCAAGAUAAUUUGGAAGCUUUAAUGUCACUGGUUGCUGCCAAUGAGAUGAAAUCGAUGGGUAAAGGUGAAAAAGCAUUGAAACUUAUAGAACAUGGUAUUGCACUUGCUCCAAAAAAUCCUGACUUAUUAAAUGGCUAUGGUGAACUUAUUGAAACGCUUCGAGACGACAUAUUAACAGCCGAUCAGAUGUAUUAUCAGGCACUUAUACAUAGUCCAAAACAUAAAGAGGCAUUGAUAAAUCGUAAGAGAACUCAAAUUAUUGUUGAUGAUUUGGAUUGGCAACAGCUCAAGCGUAUUGACGAAAAAAGAGAUAAAAUGGCUUUAAUAUCAGAUUCUAAUAUGGCUCUUAGAAGAGCAAAAAAAGAAGCAUAUUUUCAGCACAUUUACCAUACUGUUGGUAUUGAAGGAAAUAGAAUGUCUUUAUCAGAAACUAGAUCUAUUUUAGAAACUAGAAUGGCCAUUGGUGGUAGAAGUAUUGCCGAACACAAUGAGAUAAUAGGUUUAGAAGCAGCUCUUAAGUAUAUAAAUGCAACAUUAAUCCAUCGACUUGGUAGUAUAUCUGUUGAUGAUAUUUUGGAAAUUCAUAAACGAGUAAUGGGAUUUGUUGAUCCUUUAGAAAGUGGAGUUUUUCGUCAAACACAAGUAUUUGUUGGUGGUCAUGUUCCUCCAGGUCCAUCUCAUAUUGGAACGUUAAUGGAAAAUUUUUCUUUAUGGCUCAAUUCUGAAUCUACUCUCAGACAACAUCCUGUAAGAUUUGCAGCUCUGGCACAUUACAAAUUAGUACAUAUACAUCCAUUUACUGAUGGAAAUGGACGAACUUCGCGUCUGCUCAUGAAUAUGAUUUUAAUGCAAGCUGGCUAUCCACCAGUUAUUAUACCAAAAGGAGAAAGACAUAAGUAUUAUAGAACUUUGGAAUUUGCGAAUAAAGGAGAUAUUAGACCAUUUUUAAGGUUCAUUGCUGAAUGUACUGAAAGAACAUUAAAUCAAUUUUUGUUGUCUACUACAACAGAAUUUUCAACUGACAUUCCAGAAUUAGACUAUGAUAAUAUUAUUAUAAAUGAAUCAUAAUAAUGUCCCAAAUUUGAAAAUUUAUCAGCCAAAUAGUCUGCUUGUAGAAGUUUAAUACAAAAUCAAUGGUUUAGUCUUGUCUAAUAAUUAUUAUAUUGUAAUAUUUGUGUACUGCAGUAAGUAUUAAA